AUGUCUGGUUCUUCAUCGGAUGAUGAGUUUGAGCUCACGUACUCCACUCCUACGAAUAGCAUCGAUGAGGCAGUGGUUGGAAAGAAUUCAGGCCACCUGAAUCACAAUGACGCUUUUGAAGCUCAUCAUCACCAAUUACAACAAAAGAUUGUACAAAACAACGAAACUCAUCAUGAUGCUAAUAGUAUCAAAAUUGAUCAUGUAGAUGGCACGCAUAUCCAUCCACCAACAGCUCAUCAAGAAACAACACCCCACGAUGCCCAUCAUCACCGUCAUGACUCCCACACUAAAGGGGAAGAACAUGAUGAACAUCAUGGAAAGAUUCAUCACCUUCAAGAAUUUGCUCCACAACCAACGUUCAGCGAGGCAAGAACUGUUACUCUUUCAGCAACAAGCUCUAGCACGGAACUCAGAUCAAGGAGCAGUUCAACCACGUCAAACUCAUCAUCUUCUACGACCUCAUCUUCAGUUUUGUCGAGCGGAGAGCAAAAAAGGUCUUCUCUAAGAACAGCUGAAAAUGGAGAAAUAACAAUAGACAUGAUUCAACAAAAUAUCAAACUACAAAAGCAAUUGAUAGAAAAAUCUUUGAAAGAGAAGGAAAAACUCAAAAAAGAGAAAGAAAAGGAAGAAAUAAUCCAAAACAAUAUUGAUUAUUGGCACAAUACAAUAAUGCCGCAUAUUGAAAAGUAUGGGUGUAUUGAUAAGACAAUGUACAAAAAGUGGUACAAGAAUGGAAUACCAAGUCCACUAAGAAGCAAAAUAUGGCCAAUGUCUGUCGGAAAUGAGCUACAAAUUACACCAGAACUUUACGCAAUUUUGAAGGACAAGAGAAACAUUCCUACCAAUUUUGAAAAACAAUCAUCAUCAAUUGAUUUGAUACAGGUAGAUCUUUCGAGAACAUUUCCAGCAUUACAAUUUUUCCAAUAUCCUGACGGUCCUUAUUAUCAACCAUUCAAAACAAUUUUAGAAUGCUACUCAAAAUUCAGACCUGAUAUUGGCUAUGUGCAAGGAAUGAGUUACAUUGUCGCUACUCUUUUACUUUAUAUGGACGAGUAUGAUGCUUUUGUCUGUUUUUGCAAUUUACUUCAUAGAUCUAAGUGUAAUUCCAAUCCACUAGCGAUGAGUUUGGUUGGAACACCUGCUGGAGCAGCCGCCACUUCUGCUACUACGUCCUCCUCCUCUGCUUCCUCCAUUGUAUCCUCCUUGUUAUUUGGUCCAAAGAAGAGAACUGCUGCAUUUACGGCCAAUUAUCACACCUUAUACAGCAGUAACCACUUCAUACCAUUCUUCAGCAUGAACACAGAUUAUAUUGAUAAGCAUGUGAAAUUUGUGCGAAUAUUGCUAAGGGAGCAUAAUAUGCCACUCUACAAACACCUAGUAGAGGAAUUGCAAAUUGAGUUUUCUGUGUUUAUCAUCGAUUGGUUCAUGACUCUAUUCAGCAAGUCUCUUCCAUUAGACGUUGUUGCAAGAAUUUGGGAUGGUUAUCUCGUGCAUGGUCGCUUGUACCUUUAUUCAUGCACUAUUGGCAUUUUAAUCUAUUAUCAACAAGAAUUGCUUCAUGCAGACUAUGAAAGAGCAAUGUACUUUUUGACACAUCUCUCAGCAGCAACAAAUCAAUUCCAAGAUCUUGACAUAAUCUCUUUGUUUUCCAUCAUUAAUGUUGAUUGUAGACUCAGUGACAGAAGAAUCAAUAAGUACAUUCGAAUGAUGGAGAAAUAA